UCCCACAGACUCCAUUUCCCAUAACCACGCACCUGGAACUGAUUACUACCACACCUGUUUCUCAUCGGACUCUCUAUUUAAGACUCACUCUCAUACCCGCUCACUGCAAAGUCUUGGUUUGUCCUUGCUAACAUUACUGAGUGUUUACCAAUUGUUUUCUCUACAUGUGUUUGACCCUUGGACUGUUUAUUCUGUUUAUUGGUCCUUCGCUGCCUGCCCUGACUGUUUUGCCUGUUUUGCCUGUUUUGCCUGUUUAUUGACUGCUAUUUUGUGGCAGCACUAGACGGAUGCCCCCUGGGAGUCGGACACAUUCAUUAUGCCGAUCAGAACAUCUCCUCUCAAGUCAGAACGCUGCACACUGAGUUGAGCAGCCUGUAUGUAAUACAAUCUCCUCACCACCCACUCAUCCUAGGACUGCCCUGGCUACAGAAACAUGACUCCCAGGUCUUGUGGAGGGAGAAACAUAUCAUCAGAUGGAACAAGGCCUGCAUCACCUCCUGCUCACACUGUCUGAGUAGAGCCACCUGUACUCCCCAGUCUGCCUCCUGAGUACUCAGGCCUAGCUGACGGCUUCAGCAAAACCAAAGCUGCACAACUUCAUCAUCACCCAAGCAACUGGAGGAACUCUACAAGGGCUUUAUCAGACCUUCAGCCUCACCAGCAUCAGCCAGGUUCUUCUUUGUGAUCAAGAAAGAUGGAGGACUCUACCCAUGUGUCAAUUAUAACAGUCUGAAUGAAAUCAAAGUCAAGUUCUGGUUCCCUCUGCCUUUGGUUCCAGCAGCCCUCGAACAUCUCUGCAGAGCCAGGUAUUACACAAAACUUUCAUAAGGGUGAUGAGUGGAAGAUGGCUUUCUCUACCAGCAUGGGGCACUACAAAUACCUCAUCAUGCCAUUUGGGCUGGUCAAUAGUCCAUCCAUGUUCCAGGCCUUCAUCAAUGACAUCUUCCCAGACAUGCUUAGUGGCUAGGUCAUUGUAUACAUUGAUGACAAUCUCAUCUAUUCAGAACCCUAUGAGGAACAUGUCAAGCACUUUUGAGCCAUCCUACAGCACCUCAUUGCUCAUCAGCUGUAUGCCCAAAUUGAGAAGUGCGAAUUCCAUCAAAUGUCGAUAUCCUUUCCAGGCUAUGUAUUCAGUACUGAAGGCAUGGUGAUGGAGCAGAACAAGAUAAGGGCAGUGUUAACAUGGCUACAACCCACCAUGAUCAAAGAACUGAAAUGUUUUCUAGGCUUUUCUGACUUUUAUAGACGUUUUAUCAGAGGUUCAGUACUGUCACUGCACCGCUUACCUCAAUGAUAAAGAAGGGGGGCUCUUGACUCUCCUGACCCCAGCAGCCAUCAAGUCCUUUCAUGCCCUCAAGGCCCGUUUCUCCUCUGCACCCAUUCUUCAGCAUCCCUGCCCGGAUCUCCCAUUCACUGUUGAGGUGGAUGCUUCCAACACUGGCAUCAGAGCUGUUCUCUACCAAAGCCGUGGGGCUUCCCCCUUCUCGUGUGUACUUCUCCCACGAGCUCAGUGCCGCUGAACAGAACUAUGACAUCAGAGACUGGGAACUAUUGGCCAUGAAGGCAGCAUUCGAAGAGUGCUUCACAUCCCUUCCUUCUGCUAACAGAUCACCAGAACUUAGAGUACCUGCACACCCCAGACAGGCUAGAUGGCUGCUCUUCAAGCGUUUUGACUUCACAAUUACCUACUGCCCUGGUUUAAAGAAAGUCAAGGCCAAUGCUCUGUCCCGCCAACAUGAACUCCCAAAACAGUGUCAGACCAAAGAGCCCAUUAUACCACCCACUAUUAUCAUUGCCACAGUACAAUGUGACAUAAUGAGUGAAAUAGCCAACACUCAGACUCAUGACCCACUGCCCCCUGACAAGACCCAUGUUCCUCUCUUGCUCCAUAAGAAGGUCAUCCACUGGGUCUACUGCUCCCUCAGCUCUGGUCAUCCUGGAAUUGCAGCUACCUGCCAGUUAGUAGGCACCUGGUUUUGGUGGUCCACUCUGCAGACUGAUAUCAUUAACUACAUUCAGAACUGUCCUCUUGCAACAUCAGUAAGUCAACUAGAUGACUCCCCGCUGGGCUACGACAACUGCUAACCACACCUCAAUGCCCAUGGUCCCACAACACCAUAGAUUUCAUGACAGACCUUCCAGUUCCUCAGGGUCACACUGCCAUACUCACCGUUAUCGACUGCUUUUCCAAAGACUGCUUUCGAAUUCCACUGCCAAAACUACUCACUGCUUUCAAAACUGUGGAACACCUAUGUAACUACAUAUUGAGACUCUACAGCCUACCAGAAGAUAUUGUCUCCGAACGAGGGCCGCAGUUCACCUCUUAUGUUUGGGCUGCCUUCUUCAAGCAACUCAACAUAAAUGUCAGCCUUACCUCGUAUAUCACUCACAAGCCAAUGGUCAAACAGGAUGCCUAAAUCAAGAAGCCACCCACUUUCUCAGGGCCUGCUGUAACCAGAACCAGUCUGACUGGAGCUGCUGCCUGUUCUGGGCAGAAAAUGCCCAGAAUUCCCUCUGCAAUCCUGCAACAGGCCUGACCCCUUUCCAGUGUGUGGCUUCCAACCUCCCCUAUUCCCCUAGUCAGGGGAGCCCAGUUUUCCUUCAGGAUAGCAGCAGUCAGGAG